UACACAUUCGUAGCACAGUUUUCGUGUCUAGUAUUUAUGGAGAUUAUUGCGACGGUCCCUUACGAGGAGCGUUCCGGAAGUGAACGUGUGGGCUUACUGAGAGUCAGCUGACCGCACGCGCUCCAUAACGCAGAGCAAGUCACUAGAAAUGGCAGAUGUAAUGAGAUGUUAUUAACUGAGAACCUCCUGAGGAAUAGUUUUACAAUGCUGGGAUUCUUGGAAUGUUAUAAAAAAGCGCGUUCACCGUUAGAUUGAAUUAGUUGUGUAUUGUUUAUUGUGUGUUUUGGGGGGAAAUUUGGGUUUAGCUUGGGGUAGAACACUGGGUGUAGACUGCUUCAUCAGGUAUAUACAGGGCUCCUGAUUGGCGCAACACUCGUCCUCUCGCAAUUUCAGCAAUACUCAGGCGACUCGCAGGAAAUACAUAUGCUGUGGUCUCUUCUGAGUUCACCGCUGGCCUGUAGAUCGGCAGCAUGGAUCCAUUAGGCGCUCGCUCUCAGAUCGUGUACGUGGAGACUCUUCCCACCUGGGACCAGCCUGAAGAUGUGUGUGAUGGCAAAGAGGAAGCAAGUUCUCCUAAGAAGGAAGAGGUUGACAAUCUGACUGACGUAAACUCUCUCGUUUCUCCAUUUCCAUUCAGAGAGGAUAUCAACAGGAAAAUUAUGCUAUUCAAAGGUGAUGUGGCACUUUUGAACUGCACUGCCAUUGUGAAUACGAGCAACGAGACCCUUACAGACAAGAACCCGAUCUCAGACAGCAUCCACAGACACGCAGGCCCUGAGCUCAGAGAUGAACUUUUCAAACUGAAAGGAUGUCGGACAGGGGAGGCAAAAAUGACCGAGGGCUUCAACUUGGCUGCACGAUUUGUUAUACAUACAGUUGGCCCCAAAUAUAAAGCCAAGUAUCGCACAGCUGCUGAGAGCUCCUUAUACAGCUGCUAUAGAAAUGUCCUGCAACUUGCCAAAGAGCAUGGCAUGGCCUCUGUGGGUCUCUGUGUGAUCAGUACUGCUAAGAGAGGAUACCCCACCGAAGAUGCUACUCACAUAACCUUCCGGACUGUGCGAAGGUUUCUGGAGACCCAUGGGGAAAGCUUAGAGGCGGUGGUGUUUGCAGUGUCGGAUGCUGAGGAGGCAGUGUAUAGGAAGUUACUGCCUCUUUAUUACCCACGCUCAAAGGAGGAGGAGAGACGCAGCCUGCCUCUACUGCCUGCCGACAUCGGGAACGCAGAGGGGGAGCCGGUGGUGCCCGAGAGGCAGAUCCGCAUAACCGAGAAGCCUGGCAUCCUGGAUGAUGGCUCCGAGGGUGAUUCUGAAGACUCGGACCUAGGACUGGUGGGUAAUCACGCUUUCGCACGAAUGGAAGGAGACGUGGAUAAGCAGCGAAGGCUCAUUCUUCAGGGUCAGCUCUCCGAAGCGACCCAACAGAAGCAGCACCAGAGGAAUUAUAACCGCUGGCUGUGCAGAGCGCGAGCAGAGGACCUCUCGGACAUAGCUGCACUAAAGGCCUUAUAUCAAACCGGUAUUGACAUGUAUGGCAGAACAGUAAUGGUGGUGGUAGGCAGAAACAUUCCAGUAACUCUCAUCGAUAUGGAGAAGGCUUUGCUAUAUUUCAUCCAUGUGAUGGACCACAUCACAGUCAAGGAAUACGUGAUGGUGUAUUUCCACACGCUCACCGGUGAACAUAAUCACCUAGACACCGACUUCCUCAAAAGGCUCUAUGACAUUGUCGAUGUGAAGUUUAAAAAAAAUCUGAAGGCUUUCUACUUUGUUCAUCCCACGUUUCGUUCGAAGGUAUCCACGUGGUUCUUCACUAUGUUCGGUGUUCCUGGGAUGAAGGAGAAGGUCCAUCACAUAGACAACCUGCAGCAGCUCUUCACUUGCAUCCUACCUGAACAGAUCGACAUCCCUCCCUUUGUGCUGGAGUAUGACAGCAGGAUGAAUGGCUCCUACUGAAUUUCCCGCUCAUCAAGCCUAUAAAAUAAACCCGGCAGGUGGUUUUGACUGGGCCUUUAUUGAAUGCCCAGCAUUUGGUUGAGCUCCCAGAAGGACAUGGUUUGCAGUUACAUGAACUCGGUAUGGGUAUGUCGGCAUGGAGAAGUCCGUCCCUUCCAUUACAGUGAUGCAUGUGAAACUGCUAAAGGAGACCGACUCGAUGCCCUCCCUCCUUCCGGUCAAGAAGUUUGCCGCAGUUGCUGUGCUGAGGCUGUUUGCACUGGUAAUAUUUCACUGAUGACUGCAUGUGAUUGAACCGAAAAGCAGAAAGGUACCUUGUUAACUUAAGUGCCUUCAGAUGUCUAUUCAUUUCUAGCAGUGUUAAACACCCCCACCACCACCACCUUUCUACACUUGUGUUCGACGUCCAGAAGAAUGAUUUUCUGUCAUCAGCGCCACCUUCCUUAUUAUUCUUAUUUCACACAGUCGGGUUACUGCCUCGGUGAACUACCUACGCAAGCUGCUUUCUUUCUAAAUGUGAUUAGACAGGUUCCCUUGAUUGGACCGUGGCCAAAUGAUGUUUAAUUAAAAUCAUUAUUCUAUAAAUAUUUAAAUGAACUCAUUUUUAAGUUCUCUUUCUUGCACAGUAUUACCGAAUAAUGAUUUCACAUGUAGACAGACGGGAAUUUUUUUUUUUUUGUAGUAUCCCGUCCUACUUCAGCUUUUCUUUCCUUGUUUAAUUGAUUGCACUGUAUCUGAUUCCGUAGAACCUCCUUUUGUUUGCUUUGGAACAUUAUUUUAUUACAUCUUUUAGUCUUUUAUAGGCCGUUCAUGACACUAAAUGUAUAAAGGCGGAGGGGGGAUUAGAAACCUGCUUGCUCUAGGUACAAAUGAUAAUGGGAAAAACUAGUGUAAUUUUGAGCAUGUUUGGUGAGUGAUUUUGAAAAAAAAAAUAAACACAGAAAUAAACACAGAAAUAAACACACUAAGUCUGUUAAAGGUGCUGAACUUUUCACAGUGCCACCCUGAAGCAGUGUAAAUGCAUCUGUAUUCGAGUUCAAAGUUGUUUUUCAAAUCCACCGUGUAUUGUUAUCCUCAGUCUUGCUCUUUUGAGAUUUUUACUCCGCACUGUAGAUUUCUGUAAGAGUUAUUAAUGUCUUGAAUGCGCAAUAUACAGAGGAACCCAGCUGGUCUCCAAAACACUUAUUUCUGUAAUUAUUCUCUACACUAUUGCUGUCCAAAUGUGAAGGUCAUUUUUGCGGUGUAUGAAAGCAUUUAGAAUAUACUUUUAGAUGAAUAUAAAGGCAAAUAAAUGAAUAAAUAAAUAACCUUUCCUCUCAUAUGUUGCCCUUCUAGUCAUUGGUAAAUGGUCUGCACUUAUAUAGCGCUUUUAUCCAAAGCACUUUCCACUGGUUCUCAUUCACUCACACACACCACUGGGAGCAGAGCUGCCACGCAAGGCGCUAACUUGCCAUCGGGAGCAGCUUGGGUUCCAACAAGUUGCUCCCGCAACAUCAAGCAACUUGGGAGCAACAAGUGUCUCGCCCAAGGACACUUCGAAAAGUGGAGUCAUGUGGGCCAGGAAUCGAACCGCCAACCCUACGAUUAAUGCACGACCCGCUCUACCACCUGCUCCACAUCAUUGAUCAUAAUAUACAUAUUGAAAUAAUAAACAGAUAAGUUGCUUAUGAAGAACAGCUCAGCCUGUCAGUGGAAUCAACACCGCUAUGCAAAAAAAAAAAAAGUAAGAAAUGUGUUUUCAGAAGAUCUUAAGAACAGGCGUCUGCAAGAUGUAAUGAAAAGAGACGAGCCUGUGCUUGUGCAGUUCAUAUAUUUUUUUUUUUUUUUUUUGUAGUAUCCCGUCCUACUUCAGCUUUUCUUUUCUUUUUUUAACCCACCCUUGUUUAAUUGAUUGCACUGUAUCUGAUUCCGUAGAACCUCCUUUUGUUUGCUUUGGAACAUUAUUUUAUUACAUCUUUUCGUCUUUUAUAGGCCGUUCAUGACACUAAAUGUAUAAAGGAGAGGAGGGGAGGGGAGGGGGGGAUUAGAAACCUGCUUGCUCUAGGUACAAAUGAUAAUGGGAAAAACUAGUGUGAUUUUGAGCAUGUGUGGUGAGUGAUUUUGAAAAAAAAAUAAACACAGAAAUAAACACACUAAGUCUGUUAAAGGUGCUGAACUUUUCACAGUGCCACCCUGAAGCAGUGUAAAUGCAUCUGUAUUCGAGUUCAAAGUUGUUUUUCAAAUCCACCGUGUAUUGUUAUCCUCAGUCUUGCUCUUUUGAGAUUUUUACUCCGCACUGUAGAUUUCUGUAAGAGUUAUUAAUGUCUUGAAUGCGCAAUAUACAGAGGAACCCAGCUGGUGUCCAAAACAUUUAUUUCUGUAAUUAUUCUCUACACUAUUGCUGUCCAAAUGUGAAGGUCAUUUUUGCGGUGUAUGAAAGCAUUUAGAAUAUACUUUUAGAUGAAUAUAAAGGCAAAUAAAUAAAUAACCUUUCCUCUCAUAUGUUGCCCUUGUAGUCAUUGGUAUAUGACUUAUAUACUUACACUUAUAUAGCGCUUUUAUCCAAAGCACUUUCCACUGGUUCUCAUUCACUCUCA